GUGAGGGUACUUUCCCCCGUGGGCUGUGACUCUGCGCUGCCUCAUUCAGAGCAUCUCUGUCGGACACGCAGCGUGAACUCGGAUAAACUCGGUGUGAUCAGCGAACUGAGGCUUUAAAAGGAUUUAAAAUGUUCAUCGUGGCUUUUCUGCUGCUGUGGGAUCCAGGACUAACGGAGAGCGCCGACACUCACUCCCUCCAUUACAUCUACACGGCGCUCUCCAAACCUGUCAGCCUCCCGGGCAUCCACGAGUUCACAGCCAUGGGUUUGCUGGACGACAGGAUGAUCGACUACUUUGACAGCGAGAAUCAGGCAAAGGUUCCCAAACAGCAGUGGAUGAGAGAGCGUUUACCUGCUGAUUACUGGGAUAAAGGCACACAGUCCCGCAAGAGCAAGCAGCAGUGGUUCAAGGUCAACAUCGGCAUCCUGAUGGAGCGAAUGAGACAGAAUGACUCAGACAACCUCCAUGUUCUUCAGUGGAUGCACGGCUGUGAGGGUGAAACAAAUUCUGACGGCACGCUCAGGUUUGUCCGAGGCAUGGACAUGUACAGCUACGACGGAGGCGACUUCCUGUCCUUCGAUGAUAAAAACGGAGUCUGGGUCGCUCCGACUCCUGAGGCAGAACCCACCAAGAGGAAGUGGGACGAUGUCCAGGUGCUGAAAGAGUACACCAAGGGAUACCUGGAGAACGAGUGCAUCGAUUGGCUGAGCAAGUUUGUGAAUUAUGGACAACAGCAGCUCAAAAAGAAAUCUCCACCUGAGCUGCACGUGUUUGCAAAGAACUCCAGAGUGCAGACAAACAUCGUCCUCACCUGCCUCGCCACGGGCUUCUACCCCAAAGACGUCAUCAUGAGGAUCAGAAGGAACGGACGUGUUCUGACUGCAGACGAUGGUCUGAAGAGCUCGGGACCUCUCCCCAAUAACGACGACACGUUCCAGAGGAGAGAGUACGUGGAGGUUUUAAAGUCUGACACGUCUCCGUACAGCUGUGAGGUCUUUCACAAGGCGACCAAUGUGAGCUUGUCUGAGAGCUGGGAUCUCAGCAUGUUACCUGUUCCUGAUGACGAUGGAUCUGCCGUCAUUGGUCUGGUGGCAGCACUCCUGCUCGUGCUCAUCGGUGUCGGCGUGAUUCUGCUGGUCCUGCGUAAAAGACGCAUUAAUGGCAGGAGGAGCGCACCGACACCAGAGUCACAGAAGCUGAAUGAUGUUCGUCAGGAGUAACAGUGAGUUUCUCUCAUCGUUCUGCACUGAGUCACAUGAGGUCAGGCCUCCUUCACUAACAGCCUGCAGUAAUCUGUAGUGUGCACGCACGCUCAGAUGUUUUAUUACCUACAUGUGUUGUUUCUCUGCCCUCAGAUGUGUAACUGCCUCCGAGCGUGCACGAGUCACAGUGAAGGCUCACAACAUGAAGCACACACUGAGGCGGUGUGCAUGUUUCAUGGAUCCAGGGGCAGAUUUGUGUGCGCUUGUUUUCUGCACAGUGUAUUUAUGUUUCAUGUGCACAUGUUAGUGAAUGAGGCUCAGAGUGAGUUAUAGCACGACACCAUCACCGUCUCUGUCGCCUCCUCUGAGCUGAGGACAGCAGCUGUCCUGACUCUGCUUCCUCCUGUUGUUGCUUGCAUGAUGUUCCAGAUGUUCACAGCUGGUCAGAGGUCUGGACUGCAGGUGGACUUUCUCCUAGGAGUAGAUGCAGUCUGCUGAAACAUGAAAACAUCGUCUGGGUGGAUGCUCUAACUGCUACCUACCUGUCAGCACUGAUGGAGCUUUUCCAGAUGUGCCAGCUGCCACACCCAGAGGCACUGAUGCCCCUGGAGGUGUGGCAGGUCUCACCACAGUCUUUAAACUUCGUGCUGCCAUCACCCUGACACCCUGCUCUUCUUCACCUCUCCUGUGAAGGAGGAGGAGAACGCUGGCUCAUGUCACUGACCAGUUAACCUGAUGAGUUUCAAACUGUUCCUCCAGCUGUUUCUUUUAACUCAAACUUUUCCAGCCUUUUUUGUUUACCUUGAACCGACUCUGAGACCCAUCACUGCUCAAAUUGGGCUAAAGUCAAUGGGGUUUGCUAGUUACCAGUAACUGAACAUGUAAAAUAACGCUGCUGUGUUCGUCCCUGCAGAUGGAUCAGAACCAGCCGGAUGAGUCCUGCAGCGAGAGGAGAUCAGAGCUUCCACAGAAGCACAGCGAGACUCGGUGGGACCAGAUUUACCGAAACAACAGAAACAUUUGUUGCACUUUACAGAUGGAUCAGCAUUAAAUGGGAUUCCAUUUAAUUCAAUGGAUGGGUUUAAAGAAUUGUUAAUGCCCCUUGCAGCCAAAUCUACAGUGGCCCUGAGAGGUCAAACUUCAACAACAACAACAAAAAAAGCAAACAGAAAACAGAAAACACUGCAGAAGCAAACAAAGCACAACUACAGUGUUUCUGGGGACGCAAUAAUGUGACGGACCGGCUGAGGAAGUGACAGAAACCAAAAGAUGUGAAGAAAGCUUUAAGGGGUUAAUCUGUGAAAAAUAAUAAUAUUAUAAUAAUAAUAAUAAUAAUAAUAAUAAUAAUAAUGUGUGUUUUAAUGACAUGAAUCAUGUAACACAUGUUUGCUGUUGGGGGGCAGAGCAGGUCAACUCAAUUCAUUUUUAUUUAUAUAGCACCAAAUCACAACAACAGUCACCUCGAUGCGAUUUUUCUGCUUUUGUUGUGUUUUUGAAGCUGGCGGCACGGUGGCAUUGUGGUUAGCACUGUUGCCUCACAGCAAAAUGGUCCUGAGUUCAAUUCAGGCGGGGUCUUUCUGUAUGAAGCUUCUCCCUGUGUUUGUGUGGGUUCCUCCCACUGUCCAAAGACAUGCAGUUUGUAAGGAUAAGUUAAUUGAUUAACCUAAAUUGCCCAUAGGUGUGAAUGUGAGUGCGAAUGGUUUCUCUAUGUGUGUCAGCCCUGCCACAGACUGGCGACCUGUCCAGGGUGUACUCCGCCUUUCGCUCUAUGGCAGCUGAGAUAGGCUGCAGCGCCCCCCGCGACCCUGAAAAGGAGAAGCAGAUGGAUGUUUUUAAAGCUGCAGUGCGUUUGACGUCUCAGGGCAGUAUCAGAGUUUAAGUCACACGCCAGUGUUGAACGGAGGUCACAGGCUGAACCAAACACUUUUAAAGCAGCUCAGAGCCUGAGAACAUGUUUGGUCUGACAUGAUGCUACAAAUAUACUCGUGCUUUAAGUUUACACAUUUUUGACCCACAGCUGUAAAAUGGUGAUGAUGUGCUGUCAUCACAUGGUUGGGCGGGCCACGUGUGCACAUGUUUGUGGCUGUGAGAACUCGAGAACGAGGUGAUGUAGGAUGUUGCCGCCAGUAUUUUCUAAACUGAUAACUAAAGACGGCACAGGUACUGAGUUUAAUCAUCUUCAUGUGUCACAUUAGAUGUUUGUUUCUAACAUACAGACCGUCACUGUGUUGUCAUUAACGCUAACCGUCACGCCAUCAUGAGGGUGAGCAGUUAGAAAACAGUAUGAAUGAAUCAACAUUAAUGCUGGAGUGAGGCAGCUGAGGGUGACAAUGUUAACAGGAAACACAAUUAAUGACACUGAUUUCAUGUUUAAUAAAACUGAAGUAUCUGCUGUCUGA